AUGGCUGACGACAAGGAAGUUGAGAAAACGAUUGCAGAAGACUUGGUUGUAACCAAGUAUAAAUUAGCGGGUCAAAUUGUUAACCGCGUUCUAGAACAAGUGAUUGCAAAAUGUGUGCCCGGUGCUUCUGCAAGAGAAAUUUGUGAAUUUGGCGAUAAGCUAAUAUUAGAAGAGACAUCUAAAGUAUUCAAAAAGGAGAAAGAUUCCAAGAAAGGCAUAGCUUUCUCAACAUGUGUAUCUGUGAACAAUUGUAUAUGUCAUUUUUCCCCAAUUCCAAGUGAAACUGAUUACAUUUUGAAACAAGGUGAUCUUGCGAAAAUAGAUCUGGGUGCCCAUAUUGAUGGCUUCAUUGCAGUGGUGGCCCAUACUGUGGUUGUUGGAGUUGAAGAAGUCACUGGUCGUGCCGCAGAUGUACUUCUUGCUGCAUAUCUUGCCAGUGAAGCCGCCUUGAGAUUAUUGCGGCCUGGAAAUGAGAACUAUGCAAUAACAGAUGUGGUACAAAAGAUUAGUGCGGAAUAUGCAUGCAAGCCAGUUGAAGGCAUGCUUUCACACCAAUUGAAACAAUUCCGCAUUGACGGUGAGAAGAGCAUAAUUCAAAAUCCUUCUGAAGCCCAACGCAAGGAGCAUGAGAAAGCUACACUGGAAACAUAUGAAGUUUAUGCAAUGGAUGUGCUUGUCUCUACAGGAGAGGGUGUGGGACGUGAAAUGGAUACGAGAUGUACAAUAUACAAGAAAACUGAUGAAGUGUAUCAGCUUAAAUUAAAAGCGUCAAGAAUGUUUUACAGUGAGGUUCGCAACAAGCAUGGCUCAAUGCCAUUCAAUUUACGUAGCUUUGAUAAGGAGACAAGUGCAAGGCUUGGAGUAGUUGAGUGUGUGAAUCACAAGCUCAUUGAACCUUUCCAGGUGCUGUAUGAACGUCCUGGUGAAUUAGUAGCACAAUUUAAAUUCACAGCACUACUGUUACCAAGUGGUACACAUAAAAUAACAGGAUUGCCAUUUGACAAGAGUAUAUGCAAGAGUGAUCGCUCCAUCAAAGAUCCUGAACUUAAUUCACUUCUGAACUCCUCUGCAAAAUCCAACAAAAAGAAGAAAAAGAAAGCUGGUGCUGAAGAGGCCAUGGAAGUUGAAACCGCUGCCUAG